AUGCUACACUCCGUCAUAAAAGGCCACAUGUUAGUCAAGCGAUUGUACAAGGACGACAUUGAAAGGGACUCAUCAAAAGAUCAUAUCCACAUGGUUUCUAUGUUUGUUGAUCAUAUCGCGAAAAGACCAACUUUGUGGUUGAUUGUCGAGGGUUGGUGCGAUCGAUGGCGGACGAUUCAAGAGUUGUUGCUGCUCCAUAAAAUCCCACUGUCGAUCGCAAAUUCUCGUGCAUUAGGGGCCAGAGAUGAAUUGAAGGUUGGAAACUCCGUGUCCGCGGAUAUCAACGGCGGAUCGACUCUGGGGUCGAAAGUUGCCGUAACUGUUGGCGUUGUUGUAAUAAAG